UUGACCAUAACUUCUAUGCAAGUAAGUAUACAACCAUACAUAUGCUUGUAUAUAUGUAUUUUGCACGUUUAAUGAAAUCAUAUAUGCAUUCAACUAUGAAUGGAAGAUGAGCUGUUAUUUACAUCGAUAUGAAACUGUUUUCAUAUCGAUAUUAUUAUUAUUAUUAUUAUUAGAUGGAGGAAUAGCCAGAAGACAUGAGAGUACCGAAGAUGGAUUGGAGGAGUGGGGUUAUGUUGAAGUUAGACCCAAAGCACACAUGUUUUGGUGGCUAUACAGAAGUCCAAACAGAGUUGAAGAUCCCUCCAAACCCUGGCCAAUCAUCCUCUGGUUGCAGGGUGGACCUGGUGCAUCAGGUGUUGGUAUAGGAAAUUUUGAGGAAAUUGGGCCUCUGGACACCAGUUUAAAACCAAGGAAUUCAACUUGGUUACGAAAGGCUGAUCUUUUAUUUGUGGAUAAUCCAGUGGGAACAGGAUACAGUUUUGCGGAGGACUCAAAUUUGAUUGUCAAAACGGACGAAGAAGCUGCAACUGAUUUGACCAAAUUGUUGGAGGAAUUAUUCAACACAAACGAGAGUUUACAAAAGAGUCCUCUCUACAUUGUGGCAGAGUCUUAUGGAGGAAAGUUUGCAAUUACUCUCGGAUUAUCGGCACUGAAAGCCAUCGAAACUGGCAAGCUAAAGCUUAAACUUGGAGGAGUAGCAUUGGGGGAUAGUUGGAUUUCUCCUGAAGAUUUUGUGUUUUCUUGGGGUCCCCUUCUCAAAGAUGUGUCGCGGCUUGACAACAGUGGUGUUAGGAAAUCAAAUAGCCUAGCUCGGAAAAUUAAGCAGCAAAUCAGCAAAGGUCGUUACGUCGAUGCAACAAAUUCUUGGAGUAAACUUGAGGGAGUUAUUAGCUCAAGCAGCAACCAUGUGGAUAUUUACAAUUUUCUUCUGAAUUCUGGGGAAAGUUCAGGGUCUGUAACAACAACAGAAUUAUCGCAAGGAAUGUCGAUGAAGAGAUACUCAAGAUAUUUGAGUUCACUGAGGGCUUUCCCUGGAGGGGCCGGUCUGGUUGGAGAUUUGGAUAGCUUGAUGGAUGGUGAAAUUAGGAAGAAGCUGAAGAUAAUCCCACCUAAUGUAACAUGGGGAGGGCAAGCAAAUUUUGUUUUCUCAGCAAUGGCAGGGGAUUUUAUGAGACCAAGAAUUAAUGAGGUUGAUGAGCUCCUAAAUAAGGGGGUCAGUGUGUCAGUGUACAAUGGACAACUUGAUGUUAUUUGUUCAACCAUGGGGACUGAAGCUUGGAUUGAGAAACUCAAGUGGGAAGGGCUUGAAAGCUUUUUGAAAAUGGAAAGGACUCCCCUGUUUUGUGGCAAAGAGAAGAUUACAAAAGGAUUCACCAAGUCAUACAAAAACCUACACUUUUAUUGGAUUCUUGGAGCAGGCCACUUUGUGCCAGUGGAUCAACCCUGCAUUGCAUUGAACAUGGUGGGUGCAAUCACACAGUCUCUCGCCUAAAACAAGGGGGAGAAUGAUAUUAAUUUUUACAAGCAAUAGAGUCUUGAGUGUUUGACUAUAUAGAGCACAGCAUAUGUACGCACAGUUACGGCUGGUUGUUUUACA